AUGGGGGUCAUGAUGGCCUACUCUUGCAAGUUGGCUUCUGCAUCGGCUCCAGAUCCUCUUGGUCCAGCGGCCCCAUGGAAUGCUUCCUCAGCCUGUAAUCCAGUUCCAUGGGCUCCUCACCCAAUCAGAGACAAUUUGGUGGACAUGGGUGCUGUCCCCCCGAUGGCUCGGGCUGAGGUUCUCCUCAAGAUGCAUGAAGUUUUUCUAGAAAAACGGAGCCUCCUCCUUCGCCUCCCCACUCAGCAUCUCGACGAACACAUGAACACCAUGCUGAACAGUGUGGCAUUUCUCCAAAACAACAAUUAUGACUCCGAGUGCGAGGUUGGUUUAGGCACAUGCCAACAAUGCACUAUUAGCAGACAGAGGCACCCUUACCGGAGUGGCCGAGCCAGGAUGGCCUCUUUUUGCUGGCUUGCCUCUGCAUCGGCGCCAUAUCAACUUGCUCCUUUGGCUCCACGGAACUCUCCGCCAGCCUGUAACCCAGCUCCACAGGCUCCUCACGCGAUCAGAGACAACUUGGUGGACAUGGGUCCACAGCCUGGGACCAGUGGGACUCGUGUUGAGAUUCAAGGGAUUCUGAUGGAGAGACUGAAUGGACUUCUCCGGGAAGUAGGUCAUUGUAUCCCGUACGACGUCCUUCGUUUCCUGGAUACCCCUCAAUCGUGGAGCCACCAUCAGGAUUGGACGGUGCUCUAG